CUAGUAGCCCUCUGAGAUUCUCUCACGCUCUCUCCUCUUUCGAGUCAUCUCUCUCGUCUCUUAAAAAAAUUUCAAUUUUCUGUUUUCAUUAGAAACCCCCAUAAGCGAAGAAGACGUGAAAAACCCAAUGGAGAAGAAAGUUGAAGAAGAACAGAAAUCGACCGGCGAGGAAAAGUAUCUCGAGCCUCUUUCAUCUCAAGAGAAAUCGCUCGACGACGUCGUCAAAGAAACAGAGUUAGGUUAUGGAGGGGGUAUCAUUGUCGAUGAAGCAUUUUUGGGCAAGAGCAUCGAGUCCGUACUGCUGGCUAUCCAGGAACAGCCAUUGUCCAAAACGUUGAUCAUUGCCCCAGUACUCUCUAUGUCUCAGUGGGAAGAAGAUAUUGCCAAACUUUCUAAGGCUAAAGUGUUUGUUUUUGAUGACGGAUGCAAAGUUGAAGACUUGACAGCUUUCGACUUUGUCAUAACUAGUCAUGCAACCGUCAAGAGAGGGUACAAAACAGUGUGUUGCCCACACUGCCACAAGCUUCUUAGCUCAGUCAAACCACAGCACUUCUGCGACAAACACAGAGACAUAAAGAAAAAGGGGAAAACGAUCGGGCCACUCCACUCAACUGAGUGGGAAAGGGUUUUUUUGGACGAGGGCCACCUCUUGGAAGGAGGAGAUCAAGCGAUUUUCGCCCUGAAGGCAAAGUUUCGAUGGAUUCUUACUAGUAGACUUUACACUGACCAUCUCUAUCCUCUGCUUCGAUUCUUGCAAACCGACCCGUAUUCACUCCACUUCUGCCUAGACUGUAAAUGCAACUGUGCGGAUUUAGGAUUUUGGACAAAAUGCCCAACAUGUAGGCACAAAUCCUCUGAUCGCCACUCACAUUGGCUGGAAAAAUACAAAUUCCAGGGCGGCAUUGCCACUUGCUUAACAGAUCUGUGUCUUCGACCCAGCAAAGGGUCCCUUUCCCUGAAGUCUGCUUUUCCUCCUAGCUAUGUUACCGUGAGGCGCGAUGACCCAACUAAAGCAGAAAAGAAAAUGUAUAAACAGCUCAAGUCAUUCAUUAAUAAGGAAUUCGCAGCUUACUUUCAGGAUGAAAGUUUAAUGGAGAAUUAUGCUCGUAUUCACUGUCUCAUUAAUCGUCUAAAACAGGCUUCGAUGCACUUAGAUCUUGUUGAUCUCUCAGAUUUUUGUGGAAUAUGCGGUAGAGCAUCACAAGAAGCGAUUGUCCUUCCGUGCACUCAUAUAUAUUGUAGGGAUUGUUUGUUCCGUGUGUACCCGUGUGCCCUUUCAGCAUCCGCAGCACGCUCCUGCUGCCCAACAUGCGGAGUUACCUUCAAAAGAAAUCUUCUUCUUCACGCCAGCUUGAAGGGAAAGAGAAAACCUGACAAGGCAGAAGACACUAACAGCAUCAUUCUAAGAAGCUCCUGUACAAAAAUUGAAGCUUUGAGAGAAGAGAUAACGUGGAUGCUUGGGACCGAUGAAUCUGCAAAAGCUGUCAUUUUCAGCCGUUACAAAUCCUUUUUGGAGCUGAUAGAGAGGCAACUUACCAAGAGUGGUCUGCGAUGUGUGAAACUUAGCGAAUCUGCUGAUGGCAAAGCCGCACUACAACGGUUCAAAGAAGAUGGUCAGUGCAAGAUCUUGCUGACGACAUUCGAAAUAGUCGGAGAUUUGCUCGACCUGAGUGUGGCAUCUCAUGUUUUUCUGAUGGAUCCUGGGUGGAACCCAAUAACUGAUCGCCAGGCCCUCGCUCGAGUUCAGACCGUCAGACAGAGCAAGCCAACGAGGAUGGUCAAGUUCAUAUCAAAAGGAACGAUUGAAGAGAAGAUCAUUGAUGUUCUACAAGAAAAACAAAACACUUUGGCAGGGGUCGAUGACUACUGUUCUUCUAUUGAGAAGCUCACCGAAGAAGAGAUGGGAUUUUUGUUUUCAGACUGAAAAUAUAGGAAAAGGGUAUAGGAGAAUUCUUUUGAAUACAGAUUUUUUGGCAAGUUUAAUGACACAUUAAACUCUUAUAGGAAAAAAACUAUCGAACUAUUCAGCUUGAGUGUAGGAAUGUUUCUGUUUCUUGAUUGCAGAAGCUAAAAUGAGAAAAUGGCAGAGGUUUAGUACUUA